GGGUCUGAACGCCUCAACUUUGGCGCCGGAAGCGGAAAUUCUUUCCUUUCUUGUUUCUGCUUGUUGAAGAGACGCUAUUAGACGAUGGCUCCUCGUAAAGGGAAGGAGAAGAAGGAGGAGCAGGUCAUCAGUCUUGGUCCUCAGGUAGCCGAAGGAGAGAACGUGUUUGGCGUCUGCCACAUCUUCGCCUCCUUCAACGACACCUUCGUCCACGUCACCGACCUCUCUGGAAAGGAGACAAUCUGCCGCGUGACCGGCGGCAUGAAGGUGAAAGCCGACAGAGACGAGUCGUCUCCAUACGCCGCCAUGUUGGCGGCCCAGGACGUCGCCCAGCGCUGCAAAGAACUGGGCAUCACAGCGCUGCACAUCAAGCUGAGGGCCACCGGAGGGAACAGGACAAAGACUCCAGGUCCUGGAGCUCAGUCUGCGCUCCGAGCUCUGGCUCGGUCCGGCAUGAAGAUCGGGCGCAUCGAGGACGUCACUCCAAUCCCGUCAGACUCGACCAGGAGGAAGGGCGGUCGCCGAGGUCGUCGUCUGUAAAUCCACACGCAUUUUUUUUCCUGACAAUAAAAAGAUUUCAGUCGAAGAAA